AUGGAUAGAAAGGAUGGAGCGGAUCAUGGAGGUCAUGGCUGUUCCACAGAACAGCAGGGUUACUCUGGCCACCUUCUUCUUGAUCAGAAAUGCCAGACAUUGGUGGACUCGAUUAAGAGGAGAUAUCGGGAUCCUUUAGCCAUUACGUGGCAAGUAUUUAGAGCUGCAUUUGACAGUCAGUAUUACCCACAAGCCUACCAGAAUGUGAAGAUGCAAGAGUUUUUACAGCUGGAACAGGGGAUAAUGACUGUAUUAGAGUACGAGAAAAAGUUUCAUGAUCUGUCAAAGUAUUGUCUUCCACUGGUGGAGGAUGAAAUCAAGAAGUGUCAACUUUUCACGAUGGGGUUAAAGGCUUCCAUCCGAGAUAUUGUGAUCAGUCAGCGGUUGACUAAUUUUGGUGAUGUGGUGAUGUCUGCCUCGUUGAUUGAAAGUAGCCAGAUGAUGGUCAGGCCACGGGGUGAACUCCGUAAGCAGCAGUUUGACAUAGGUGGUCCUAGUCAGGGAUCAUCUAAGAGAGGCAGUUACAGUUCUGGAUCAUCUAGUGGUCGCAGCUAUGGAGGUUACCGACCUGGAUUUAGUUCCAGCGGAGGUUCCAACCAAAGUAGCAGUUCUGGAAACUGCUUUGGGGGUAGUACAGUUAGAGGUACUGGAAGACAGUUGCUGUCAGCAUCUGGCAGGAGGAGUCGCCCCCAAUGUGCCAGGUGUGGUAGGUACCAUUCUGGGCCUUGCCAGCAGGGCACUACUGGAUGCUAUUACUAUGGACAGUCUGGACAUUUUCGAAAAGAUUGCCUGUUGUUCCUUCAGAAUAGAGAGACCACAAUUGCAUCGACUCCAGGGACAGGUAUGCAGGGUAGAUCACAGGAGACACCACAGUUUGUGGAGGCUUCGUCCAGUGGUGGAGCCCAGACCAGUGUAGGCAGCAGUCAGUAA